AUGUCGCUCGUGUCCGGCGAGAAGACGAACUUCCAGUUCAUUCUGCGUCUGCUCAACACCAACGUUGAUGGCAAGCAGAAGAUCAUGUACGCUCUGACCCAGAUCAAGGGUGUCGGUCGCCGUUACUCCAACUUGGUCUGCAAGAAGGCCGAUGUCGACCUCAGCAAGCGUGCUGGUGAGCUCACCACCGAAGAGCUCGAGCGCAUCGUCACCAUCCUCCAGACCCCUACCCAGUACAAGAUCCCCGCCUGGUUCCUGAACAGACAGCGCGACAUCACCGACGGCAAGGACUCGCAGGUUGUCUCCAACGGCUUGGACAGCAAGCUUCGUGAGGACCUCGAGCGCCUCAAGAAGAUCCGCUCCCACCGCGGUCUCCGUCACUACUGGGGCCUGCGUGUCCGUGGCCAGCACACCAAGACCACUGGCCGCCGUGGACGCACCGUUGGUGUGUCCAAGAAGAAGGGCUAA